AGCUGGCCUCUCUCCCCAGCUCUCUCCCCUCUCUCUCUCUCUCUCUCUCUCUGCACAACAUCAUGUCCCCCCGCUUGAGUCGACGACCCCUCCUGCGCAUCGGCUGAAACCUCCCACCCCCUUCCCACCCCCCCAAAAGAGAACAAAUCCUCAGGGAUCGGGGGCGCUCCUUGGGGCAGGCGGUGGUGGGUGCCAGCCAGGCCCCCUCCAGCGUGCGCAGGACCGGCCUCAGCCGGGCGAGGGGUCAGCGGGGGUCAGCGGAGGGGGGUGGCUUGCAGCCCCCCCCGGCUUCGGUGGUCCCCGGGCCAUGGAGGGGUCCCGGGCCAGCUGGGGGCUGGUGCUGCUGGUCUGGGCGGGGGUCCUGCUGACCUCCGGCCUGGGGGUCCCCGAGCCCCGCGGGGCGAGGAGGAGGGUCACCUACAUCCUGCGGCCCGGACAGUCCGGCUCCACGCCCCUGGGCGGCCGCCCCCGCACUCGCCCCUUCGGCGUAGCGCUCGGCGGCACCUUGGGGGGCGACGGCGGGACCCCCCGAGGGACCCCCCAGCGCAGCCGGAGAACGGGCCACCUCCCCCAGGAGCCCGCUGGCCACCCCGGGGCGACGGGCCGGCGGGGCGGGCGAGGGGCCACCUCCUCCAACUUGCCCCAGGAGACCCGCGCCACCGGCGUCCAGCUCCACCGCAAGCAGCAGCUGCAAGGGGUGAAUGUCUGUGGAGGGCAGUGCUGCCUAGGCUGGAGCAAAGCCCCCAGUUCCCAGAGGUGCACAAAACCCAGCUGCGUUCCUCCUUGCCAGAAUGGAGGGAUGUGUCUCCGGCCCCAGCUCUGCGUAUGUAAACCAGGCACCAAAGGCAGCGCCUGUGAGGACACGGUGAUGAAAGAUGCUUCUUCCGCUUCAGCCUCUGGAGGCCAGAGUCCCGCCCCCAUUCCGUGGUCUGUUCCCAAGCAGGCUGCUCAGCAGAUGUCAUCCCAGAAGGUAGAGGCUUCACAGAGAAUUGGCCCCCUGGCUCAGAUGACCUUGACCCUAAAACAGAAACCUCCAGUGGGAUUAUCUCCACAGAUGCAUUCACAAAUGAUACCCCUUUCUUCACAAACUUUGACGAUGAAUCUUCAUCGUGGCCAGACCCAGGAAUAUGUGAUCAAGCCCAAGUAUUUUCCAGCUCAGAAAGUCAUUUCAGGAGAACAAUCCACUGAAGGUUCCCUGCCUCUCAGAAUUGGUCAGGAUCAAAUUUUAUCCCCUUUUCAGUUGGGUAACCACACUGGCCGCAUCAAGGUGGUCUUUACUCCGAGCAUCUGCAAAGUGACCUGCACCAAAGGCACUUGUCAGAAUAAUUGUGAGAAGGGGAACACCACCACCCUGAUCAGUGAAAACGGCCACGCCGCGGACACUUUGACAGCCACUAACUUCCGAGUAGUUAUCUGUCAUCUUCCCUGCAUGAAUGGAGGCCAGUGCAGCUCCAGAGAUAAGUGCCAGUGCCCCCCGAACUAUACCGGGAAGCUCUGCCAGAUUCCGGUCCAUGGUGCCAGUGUUCCGAAGCUGUACCAGCAGUCUCAACAGGCUGGCAAGGGCUUGGGGACCCACGUUGUACACUCUACGCAUACCUUGCCGUUGACUAUGACGGGCCAGCAAGGGGUCAAAGUGAAGUUCCCUCCAAACAUAGUGAAUAUCCACGUGAAGCAUCCUCCAGAGGCCUCGGUGCAGAUCCAUCAGGUGUCAAGGGUCGAUAGUUCUUCAUCAGGCCACAAGGUGAAAGAAUCACUCCCUAACCCAGCCCAGGGCUCCUACCAGGGAGUUCCCGUUCAGAAGACGCAGACAGUUCACUCUACCUACUCUCACCAGCAAGUGGUUCCUCGUGUAUAUCCCGUGGCAGCUAAGACUCAGCUGGGACGGUGCUUCCAGGAAACUACCGGCUCGCAGUGUGGUAAAGCACUUCCUGGUCUUUCCAAGCAAGAAGACUGCUGUGGUACCGUGGGCACUUCGUGGGGCUUUAACAAAUGCCAGAAAUGUCCCAAGAAGUCUUCUUACAACGGAUAUGGUCAAAUGAUGGAAUGUCCUCAAGGUUACAAGCGGGUUAAUGCCACCUUUUGCCAAGAUAUAAAUGAGUGUCAACUGCAAGGGGUGUGCCCCAACGGUGAGUGCUUGAAUACUAUGGGCAGCUACCGGUGCACUUGCAAAAUGGGAUUUGUUCCAGACCCGACGUACUCCAGUUGUAUGCCUGAUAGUCCUCUGCUCUCAGAGGAGAAGGGACCCUGUUAUCGGCUGAUCACUUCCGGGAGGCAAUGCAUGCACCCGCUCUCUGUUCAACUCAGCAAGCAACUGUGCUGCUGCAGCGUGGGAAAGGCCUGGGGGCCCCUCUGUGAGAAGUGCCCCCUGCCAGGAACAGCUGCUUUUAAGGAAAUCUGUCCCGGUGGAAUGGGUUAUACAGUUUCUGGCGUUCAUAGACACAGGCCAAUCCAUCACCGUGUAGGUAAAGGACCUGUUAUUAUCAAGCCCAAGAACACUCAGCCCGUUGCUAAAAGUACUCACCCUCCACCCCUCCCAGCCAAGGAAGACCACGUGGAGGCCCUGACCUUCUCCCGGCCAAAGGAUCCCGAGGUCCCUGUGCAAGAAGUGGCAACUUCACCUCCAGAAAAGGAAUUGGUUUCACUUGAUCAAGAGAAAACCAUCCUAGAACCUGGUCAGCCACAGCUCUCUCCAGGCAUUUCAACCAUCAACCUGCGCCCACAAUUUCCAGUAGUGAUUGAAAAAACAUCGCCUCCCGUGCCAGUGGAAGUAGCUCCAGAGGUAUCCACUUCAAGCGCCAGCCAAGUGAUUGCACCUACACAAGUAACAGAAAUCAAUGAGUGCUCAGUGAACCCCGAUAUCUGUGGAGCAGGACACUGCAUUAAUUUACCAGUGAGGUAUACAUGUAUCUGCUACGAGGGAUACAAGUUUAACGAACAACAAAGAAAAUGUGUGGACAUUAAUGAGUGUACUCAGACCCGCCAUCUCUGCUCCCGGGGACGCUGUGAAAAUACUGAAGGGAGUUUCUUGUGCAUAUGCCAAGCAGGCUUUAUGGCCAAUGAGGAAGGAACCGACUGCAUUGAUUUUGAUGAGUGUUCGAGACCAGGAGUGUGUGGAGAGGGGCACUGCGUAAACACCGUGGGCUCCUUCCGGUGUGAAUAUUGUGACAGCGGGUACCGGAUGAACAGGAGAGGCCAAUGUGAAGAUAUUGACGAAUGCUCAACCCCAAGUACCUGUCCCGAGGAACAGUGUGUUAAUUCUCCUGGCUCUUACCAAUGUGUUCCCUGUACAGAAGGCUUCAGAGGUUGGAAUGGACAGUGUCUUGAUGUGGAUGAAUGUUUGGAUCCACUAGUUUGUUCCAAUGGCACCUGCUCCAACCUGGAAGGAUCUUACAUGUGUACAUGCCAUGGAGGUUACAGACCAACUCCUGACAGAAAAAGUUGUCAAGAUAUUGACGAAUGCCAUUCUGGCACCCUCUGUACAAAUGGGCAGUGCAAGAACUCCGAGGGCUCCUUCAAGUGUAUCUGUGGCAGAGGGUACCAGCUGUCUGCUGGCAAAGACCAGUGUGAAGACAUCGAUGAAUGCCAGCAUCACCAUCUAUGCUCGAAUGGGCACUGCAGGAACACAGACGGCUCUUUCCGGUGUAUCUGCAGCCAGGGAUACAAAGUGUCUGCAGCAGGGGAUCACUGCGAAGAUAUUAACGAGUGCUUGGAGGACAGGAGUGUGUGCCAGGGUGGAGACUGCAUUAAUACCGACGGUUCUUAUGAGUGCACAUGUCCAGAUGGCUUCCAGCUCGUUAACAGACAGAGAUGUCAAGAUAUCAAUGAAUGUGAACGACCAGAGCGCUGUGGACUUCAUGGGGAAUGCCUAAAUACGGAUGGUUCUUUUCACUGCAUCUGUGAGCAGGGAUUUUCACUUUCUGCAGAUGGUCACACGUGUGAAGAUGUUGAUGAAUGUGUAAACAACACUAUAUGUGACAGUCAUGGGUUCUGUGACAACACAGCUGGUUCCUUCCGCUGCCUGUGUUACCAAGGCUUUCAGGCCCCUCAAGAUGGGCAAGGGUGUGUGGAUGUGAACGAAUGUGAAAUGCUGAGUGGAGUAUGUGGUGAAGCCUCCUGCGAAAAUGUAGAGGGGUCCUUCCUGUGUAUAUGCUCUGAUGAGAAACAGGAGUAUGAUCCUAUGACGGGGCAGUGCCGCUUCCGAACGUCAGCAGAUGUAAAUCAACCAGAAGAAGAGAAGAAAGAGUGUUACUACAAUCUGAAUGAUGCCAAUUUCUGUGAUAAUGUGCUGACAUCCAACGUCACCAAGCAAGAAUGUUGCUGUACUCUAGGUGCCGGAUGGGGUGAUAACUGUGAAAUCUUCCCAUGUCCUGUUAUUGGAACUGCUGAAUUUUCUGAAAUGUGCCCCGAAGGAAAAGGCUUCAUCCCCACUGGUGAUUCAUCAUAUGGUGUCCUUGGACAGAGCUACAAAGAUGCUGAUGAAUGUUUGCUCUUUGGCCAAGAAAUCUGUAAAAACGGCUUCUGUUUGAACACCCAGCCUGGCUACGAAUGCUACUGCAAGCAAGGCACUUACUAUGAUCCUGUUAAACUCCAGUGCUUUGAUACGGAUGAAUGUCAGGAUCCUAACAGCUGCAUAGAUGGUCAGUGCAUUAAUACAGAAGGAUCUUACAGUUGUUUUUGUACCCACCCAAUGGUGCUCGAUACUACGGAGAAAAGAUGUAUCCGACCGGCAGAUUCAAAUGAGCAAACAGAAGAAACAGACGUAUACCAGGACCUCUGCUGGGAACACCUGAGCAAUGAAUACGUCUGCAGCCGGCCUAUAGUGGGGAAACAGACCACCUACACCGAAUGUUGCUGUUUGUAUGGCGAGGCAUGGGGCAUGCAGUGUGCUCUGUGUCCUAUGAAGGACUCAGAGGACUACGCGCAGCUGUGCAACAUCCCUGUUCCAGGAUCCCGGAGGCCAUACGGGCAGGAUGGACUGGUCGACUUUGCCGAACACUAUGCCCCAGAAGCAGAUCCUUACUUUGUUCAAGACCGUUUUCUGAAUAGCUUUGAGGAGCUACAGGCUGAAGAAUGCGGCAUCCUUAAUGGGUGUGAAAAUGGCCGCUGCGUCAGGGUGCAAGAGGGCUACACUUGCGACUGCUUCGAUGGCUACCACCUGGACAUGACCAAAAUGACCUGUGUCGAUGUAAAUGAAUGCAAUGAGCUGAACAGCAGAAUGUCCCUCUGCAAAAACGCCAAGUGCAUCAACACCGAUGGUUCCUAUAAGUGCCUGUGUCUGCCAGGAUACGUCCCCUCAGACAAGCCGAACUACUGCACGCCCCUAAAUUCAGAGAAAGACAUGGACCUGGAGUAGAGAUGCUUCUACAUAACCUGCACCCGUAUACUCUGCACUGUAUACAGAAAAAGGAAGAAAUGUAUUAUACUUGAGAAGACGCACCUAGUCCAGAGGUUGGCAGCCUACCAUCGUGGGGUCUGGAAAGUGAGAUGGGAUCGUCGCUACGCGCCGGCUUCACUGAAGCUGCUCGUGCAAUGGACAUUUCUCGGUGCGGCUCAAAUAAUCAGAUAAGGUAGUAUGUUCCUAUGUAAAGUUCAGUGGAAAAAUAGGCAGAACAGUGCUGUUAUUUUAAACAGAAGGGUUUGUUUUUUGUUUUUUCUAUUGCUUGAUUAAAUUUGGCAUUUUACUCGUGGUGGAAAUAUUGUAUAUUCUGCAUCUGUAUUUUGAUUGUGCAUUUCUCUGGCUACUGUUUUCUUUCAGAUCUUUUGUAUCUAAAGAGCAAACUUUUGAGGAGACAUUGUUAAACUGUUGUACAAGUACUGUCGAAGGGGCCCUGCUCCUCCUGGUCUGGAAUAACAAUGCUCAGUGACUUUUUUCAUUCUAAUUGUCUGCCCUGUGGAGCAGACACUGGUUUUUUUUUUUUGGUUUUUUUUUUUUUUUUGGUUUUGUUUUUAUAGUUUUAUACACCUUGGAGGAAAGUCCUUUAUAUUCAUGUUAUACUCUGUCUGCUCUUUCACUGCACGGACAACCCCCUGCCCCUUCGCGACCAGGCGUCCAUGCUGCUGGCUGGCCUGGUGAGCCCCUCUGUACAUUGAAAUGGGAGAACAGAGAGCCCACGUCUAUAUUGUAAUGUGUACAUUGGACACAGAAAGAGACCUUAGGGUACGUCCCUAACAUAUUAAAACUGUAUAUUAAAACUCAGUAAAAAAAUAAUAAAUCACCUUUUUUUAGAAAAAAAAAAA